AGUAGUGUUUCCUUCUCGGUGUGAUCUCAUACUCGGUUAAACCCGAAAUCCCAAUUCAAAUUCCCAAUUUCUCUUGCGGGAACAGGUUUUUCUCUCCGAGGUCGAAGAGAAAAUCGACAUGGGGUUCUUGGGGACAACCCUAGUUUUCGCAGUGAUUGGGAUCAUUGCGUCUCUGAGCAGCAGAAUUUGCUGCAACAGAGGACCCUCCACUAAUUUCUUCCACCUAACAUUGGUUAAUACAGCAACAGUCUGUUGUUGGAUGAUUUGCUUCUUCGUCGUAAUGUAUAUAUUGUUGAUGCUGAUUCCGGCCGGUGACGCAGAAACUACAGUAGGUGGAUAUGACCGACUGACCUACAAAGACAAAGGACGCACUGUGGGUUUCCCCAGCGGUCCUCCUCCGACGCCCAAGUUAGAUGAAAUACUUUAGAGAGAAAGAGAGAGAGAGAGAGAGAGAGUUCAGAACUUGUAUCCAAAAAAACUUAAUACCUGGGUCUUCUUAUUUAUAGGCAGUUGUCCUCAGGGUUAGGUAGGAAUAUCCCAGCUUUUAGGGAACAGUGAUUCCCUGCGCGUAAACAGGACCUAGGUACACUCUUGACAGUGAUGGGCAGGUGGGCUCUUUAAUGACGGAGCAUGGGACUCCAGUAAAUCCCAGAUUUUCGGGGAUUUAGCCACCUAACCGCCCUCCUUUAUCAGUAUUGUCAUCAUCACCGCUUGUCGGUUAAUGGAGCAUCCGGUCGGGGCCUCACCUUCUCGGGAAGGAAACUUUCAUCGGCAGCGUUGCAUCCGACACCUCCCGCUCGGUCGGAACCCUCCCCUCUCGGGAAGGUGAUUUUAUCAACAUAUAUAUUCUUGUUUUGCGUGUUAGGUGGGCGAUUGUAUGUCUUGCACAGAUGAAACCACUCAUAGUCCCAAUUCUGAGUGAAGGAGAUUGAAGUUGUGUGUGGAAUUCCAUACGGUGCAUCAUUAGCAAAGCAUCUGAUUUUGGUUUCGCGGGUAACUCAGUAUCUUCUUGUAUAUGUAAUUCUUGUUAGAGCAUGAACCCUUGAACUGGUUUUGCAUUGUUCCUCAAUAUUUCAUGAGAUAAAAUUGUUAUAUUUUUUACCCUUCA